AUGGACGGUUCUUGUCCUUAUGUUGUUGUAAAAACUCUGAACACGCCAGCUCCUAUUUCUUCUUUUGACUUUGGCCAUGCAGGCCAUCUAUUCGCAGGAUCAGAUGAUGGAACAUUGCGCGUUUAUGACUUGUCUUCGUUCAAAGUUCUGAAAGCUGUUCGUGGACUCAAAAAUGAGGUAUCAUCCAUCGCUUGCUUCAAACGAAGUGGAUCAGAAUUCCGCGAUGCCUGGGUCGCGUGCGGCAACCAAAUUUUCCUCUUCAAAAUGGACAUGUCCUCUAUGAUAGCUACUGCUGAAGACGCAAUAUUAUCCCUCAGGCUGACUGAAGAUGAUGAUGUAUUGAACGAGAUUGACUUGGAUCCCACCAAAAAGCAUCUUGCUUUCAGUACAGAUUCUGGAGUGGUGGGUGUGGUUGAUCUUACUAGCCUAUUAGUUGCAAAAAUGAAAGAACAGCAUACAAGUGUAUGUGCUUGCGUCAAAUUCGUACCCGACAGACCAAAAGAGAUUGUCAGUGCUGGCUAUGAUGAGACCUUCCUCCACUUCGAAUUCCGAGAAGGCGCAAUACUAUCUCAACAAAAAAUCAGUUUCUCCCAAAAUACUGAAGGAGUGUCGCUUUCUCCGCCUUUUAUCCUGUCGACCGCGUUUUCUUCAACUGGUAUUCUAGCGGCUGGGACUGCAGAUGGUAGUCUAUGGAUUGGUCUGGGAGGUCAAAAGGUGCAUUCAAAAACCAAGUCAAAACGAUAUAGGAAAUGGAAUGGAUUAUCGGACGGGGAAAAACAAAUAUUUAUCAAGGUCGUGGACGGACCGAUCGUCGCAAUGUCCUUCUCCAGCCCAGAUAUUCUUACAACAUCCACUCUCCUCGGCUCAAUAGCACAGUGGAGAAUAAAUAGUGAAACCAGUGACCGAGAUAAGAACAUCAAGGAACUAUGGAGGAAGAAGGGAAUUGCACUGGAGAAAGUCAAUGCUCUAGUCACAAAUGAUACGAAAAUCGUCAUCGGUGGGUUCUCGAAAGAUGGAAAAGGUAUCAUAGAGAUAUGGGAUAGAGAGACACCUAUAGAAACAUCUAUAUGA